CUAGUGAUUUAAAGAAGUGUUAGCUGGAACUAACAAUUUCAAAAUUGUAUCAAAAUUUAUGUUAAUUUUGUUUUUAAUUUAAUCAAACUACAAUUCAAAGUUUUCCUCUGAAUCGACAUGGCAAACAAAAAUAACUUACUUUUGUUGUUCGACCGUCCUAAUGAACCAGUGUUCAUGGAAAAAGGCGACCUCAAUUCCCGAUUUGAGGUACCAAGUAGCCUUUUGAGCGAUCGUUACAAGGGAAAUCCAGAGAUUCAAGAACGUUUCGGUGAAAAUAGUGGUGAACGUAUUCCAGUCCGUGCAAAUAUUGCCAUUCCAAAUCUGAAGGUUCCAAUGUCAUUGGAUCGAAAAGAGCAAUUUUCGUUGUUCAUUCCGCGUCAUCGAAGCAUCGCUGCGCAUCUCAUUAAUAUUUUCAUGGGUUUGAGAAGCAUCGAUGACUUACAAACUGUGGCUGUCUAUGCCAGAGAUCGUGUAAAUCCCAUUUUAUUCAACUAUGCAUUGUCCGUUGCUUUGCUCCAUCGUCCAGAUACAAAAGAUCUGAACUUACCGUUGUUUGUUGAAACAUUUCCCGAAAAAUAUGUCGAUUCAAAAGUGUUCCGUGAAAUUCGUGAAGAAGCUAGUGUUGUACCAGAAGGCCAACGUAUGCCAAUCACUGUACCCAAAGAUUAUACUGCAUCC